GUUGAGGUUUAAACGUUUUCUAAAUUUGUAAAAACCUCGGUUUUAAUUAAUCUGUUAAUUAAAUUUGUCUCCUUUAUAAUUAGUGAUUAAUUUUUACCUUCUAUUUAUUAAAAUGGCCGCUCCUGAAUUACCAGUUGAACUGAAACAACAACUUGAACAGGAAGUUGAACUGUUGGCUGUCUCCAUUCAACAACAUCAAAAUGCUCGAACCAAGUUCCAGGAGCUGGGUGAAUGUGUCGCUAGCCAAGUCAAAGUACCAAAAAAUUCUGAAAUUUUAGUACCUUUAACAGCCUCCAUGUAUGUGAAUGGUAGGAUCACAGACAAUGAUAGAUUUCUGAUUGACAUUGGAACAGGUUAUUACAUUGAAAGAAACAGAGAGGCCGCUAUUGACUAUUUUAAACGUAAAGUUGAAUUUCUCAGCAAAGAGAUUGAGAAAAUUGCUGAACAAAUUAUGAUGAGACGAAAAUAUUUAGCACUAAUCAAUUUCCAAAAAGAGGAAAGUCAACAACAAGAAUUACAACAGAAAAGCCUAAAACAGUAAACAAAAACUCACCUCUUUCCUGUUAAUAUCUCAACAAUUAUGUAAGAAACAAUUGCGAUUGACUGAUCAAAUUAAUUCCAGUUAAUUCUCCACUUUUACAUCAUUUUUUUUUGCCAAAAAAAAAUUCUAAUCAUAAUCAAUCUCUCUCACUUAAUCAAAGUGAAUGAGAUUAAAUCGAUUACAAUCCAAAAGUGAAAAUUACAUUUUUCUUGUAAUAAAAUUACAUUAGUAGAAAAAAUUUA